AUGCAGCGUUACCUGUGCGAUUUGGGUUUUACGGCGCCUGACAUGUAUGUGUGGAAGCGAGAGGAUUUUGAGAUCAAAAUCCCAUGGAGUGAACCCGGGGCUGGGCCUCAGGUCACCAACCAGUUGAAGGAAGCCAUGCUCAAGGACAGAUGGCAGCGCAUCGCAAGCCAAGAGUCUGCGGCGGGCUGCGAAGAGGGCAUUGACUGGACAGUGCCCAGGAAGAUGCUCAAACAAGCCAGUAAGCGCCCGUUGGUCGCGUCAGGCCUUCGCAUGCUGUGUCAGGGUGCCAUCCGGCGUGCGGGCCAUGGAGGCGACCUCAAGUCUCUCUUCACGGGUGAGCAUCUCCCCGAUCCAGCAAUCUUCUUCGGGACGGACGCAUCAGGAGGCACCAUGACUGGGUCCCUCCAGAUAGGCUCCACUGUCAACGACGGCGAGCAGGUGGCUAUCAACCAGCUGGCGGAGUGGACCAAGGCGCCGAUUAGGUCAUCCUCUGACAGCAAAAUGGCCAUAAAACGCUGUCUUAUGGCCAAGGCUCAUGAGGUGUUUCCCCAACUUUGGUCGGCGUCCCAAGAAAAGCGGGAGCUGGUCCAGCUCGAGUGGACCAAGGGUCACCUAGAUGAGGCCCAGCAUUGCCAAAGGUUUGGCAAAGAGAGCUGGUGGACAUGGGCCACAAACCUGGAAGCGGAUAUGGCAUGCAAUCGCAAAAGUGCUGAGGUCUUCUCGCACGAGCAAGCCUAUCGAACAGACUGUAUAGACCAGGUGGCCCGGGCCAAGGUCACCAGUGGAUGGUGA